GGAAAUGGGCGAGCACAACCUCCUUAAUCCCGGCUUUGUGGGACCUCUGGUGAACAUCCACACGGGAGACACCUUCUACUUCCCAAAUUUCCGAACCUCCGGAGGGCAGCUGCCGGGACUGCCGUCCUUAUCGUACCCCCGACGGGACAACGUCUGCUCCUUACCCUGGGCGUCCUCGGAGCCCUGCAACGGGUACCCGCAGCCCUACCUGGGCAGCCCCGUCUCCAUUAACCCUUCGUUCGGCAGAGCUUGCGAUCUCGCCCGGGUGGAAGAAAGCAAAUGCUACUACCGGGAGAGCUGCUCCGACACGGCCGGGCUCAAGCGGGAGGAGAGGGGCAGGGACAGUGCCUUGCUGCCCCUCGAAUCCGGCCUCCCCAAUGGCAUGGGGGGCAAUUUCAGCAAAUACGACUAUCCCGGAGCCGAGGCGGUGCCCCACGACCCUCCGUCGUGUCAAUCCUUGGAGUCAGACUCCAGCUCGUCUUUGCUCAAUGAAGGGAAUAAAGGCACAGCGGGCGAAGCGGGGGGUUUGGUGUCCCCCCUCAACCAAGGCAGCACUUUAGGCACCGGUGGUGCUCCUUGGUACCCGAUGCACACACGGUCCCGGAAAAAACGCAAACCCUAUUCCAAGCUGCAGCUGGCGGAGCUGGAGGGGGAGUUCAUGGUCAAUGAAUUCAUUACUCGCCAAAGAAGGAGGGAGCUCUCAGACCGAUUAAACCUGAGCGACCAGCAGGUGAAGAUCUGGUUCCAGAACCGACGCAUGAAAAAGAAAAGACUCCUCCUGAGGGAGCAAGCCCUGUCUUUCUUUUAAAGUUUUAAAAGCGUCCGUAUCGGGUAAUAAUAAUAAUAAUAAUAAUAAUGAUCCAUAGACUAUCUAGCGUUCACCCGAGCUCUCGGGAUUUUACCUGACCGCUCCUCACCCCCCCACACACACCCCUCCCCACUCAGAAAUCAAUGAAUAAAAAGGUCCUGUUCGCAAAUUAUCGGUUUCCCCUCAAACACGGAGCCCGACCGAAGCACGAGGACGCGCACCUCCUCCUCCUCCUCCUCCUCCUCCUCUUCCUCCGCGGGGACUGAGCGGCUGCGGAUGGGAAGAGGCGGCCCCGACGGCUGCGGCCCCCGGCGAUGCUCGGGGAGGUGUGCGGGGAGAGUUCGGCCCUCCGCCAGCAGCGCAGGUAGGGGGGGUCCUGUGUGUGUGUGAGGGGGGGGUGGGAGGGGGGUGGGUAGAGGGCGAUGAGACCGCGGGGAGGGUGGAAAUCCGCCCCGAUUUGGGGGUUAUUGGGUGGGAGAAGAGCAACAAUUAAUAAAUGAAUAAAUUCAUUCAAAUGGAAAAUGAGACAACAAAUAGCGAGCUGGUGGGGGAGGGGGGCGUCUUAAAGCACGGGACCCCCCACCUGCUUGGGAGAUGGGGUUUUUUCUCGGCAUACGGUGUUCCCCAGAUGCGGGUUUUGCUGUUUUUGCCAAUGUGAGGAGGUUUUACGGGAGGGUGGGGGGGUGUCAGUGUCUGUAGGAAGAGGAAGGAGACAAAGCCCGUGCGUAUCUCCGGUGUAUAUGGCAUAAUCUCUACGUGAGGUGUACGCGUCCCACUGCAUCCCUGCGGGGGGGGAGGUGGGGGCUGUGCUGUCCGUGCUUCGGUGCGGCUGACAGUGCUGUCCCCAACUCCGCUGUCGCAAGGAGAAGGAAAAGGCUCCCACGCCGCCUUAGGAAACCCCGCGGGGAAAAUCCCAAUUCCCCUUUUGGAGACUUUUGCUGUCUCAAUUCGCAGCCAAAAGUGUGUUAUCAUCCGCCAUAGCCCCGAAUCUCAUCGCGCUCCCCACUCCCCCGCCCCUCCCAAAGGACCUUGCUUUGCAGCAGCUCUGCUGAUGGAGAGUGUCUGUGCUUCUUUGAUGACGGUGUAGCAAAAGAGGUAGGAAAAGCCCCCUUUUUUGCCCCCUCCGGUGCCAGCAGCACGCUGGGCUCGAGCAGGCCGCAUCUCCCCCCACCUCGGGGUGGCCUCGAACAGCUUAGAAGGGAGGAGGGGGGAAAUAGGAAUAAAUAAGAGUGAUUGUGUUUUCUUUUGAGGGGCAAUAUCCCAUUCAGAUACAUCCCAGCCGCCCCUCAAGAAUAACCCCAGGUUAAGAAACCUCACGUUUCCAUCAGCAGACGACGGUUCUCUACCUAAAAAGCCGUGUCUGCUGCGGGCAGAGGGUAGAAGAAGAGGUUCCGUUGUGUGGGGGUGUGGGACUGAUUCCCCUAAAACCCCGUCUGCCCUUUUUGAAUGGGAGGUCUGAUGGGAUGCGAUGUGUUUUCUCCGUAUGUGAGCUCUGCUUUCCUGUCCAAACGAACCCACCAUGUUUUGCUCUUCUCCAUCAGGUGUGUGCAGAAGGAGCUUCGGGACGCUCGGGGAGGGUAGGACCGGGAGGGCAGUGGAUUUGGAGCCGAGAGGAGUUUGGUCUGGGACAGUUUGGUUCUAUAGAGAGAGAGAGAGAGAAAAGAAAAUGGGAUUUUUCUAAUUAAGGCUGAAGAGGGAGAAGGGCCGCGGUGCUGCAUCGCUGCUCUCCGCUCCGCGCUUUGCUCCGUUCGUUUUAUACCGGGAUCGGGGGGGGUGCUGGGGAGGGGGGGGGGGGUAUUAAUUUUAUGGCAAAGCAGCGUUUUCUGGGAAGCCUGGACGCUCACCACGUGCUCCCUCUUCCCCGCGUUCAUGGUCAUGACCAGCAGCGGCGAGGAAUGCUUUUAUUUACGAGCUGCAAAGGAUGGAGCCGACUCCUUCCAAAUCCCUCCCCGGGCUGAGAGGGGCCUUUCCCUUCAGCUGCGUUUCCCUUCCAGCCUUCCUCCACCCGCACCCCUUUCCUGGACGCUUCCAUUUACCCCUCCCUCCCCCUUUUAUUAUUAUUAUUAUUAUUAUUUAAUGUUUAUGAUAAUCUUAUUUUUUUUUUCAAACCGGGAAAAUGUCAUCGUUUCUUCCCUUCGUUCGUGUUUUUCCCCGCGGUCCCUUCCCCCAACACCAGGAUCCCCCCCCCCCCCCCUGCCCCCCACCUUCUGUACAAAGGAGGGCAUCGCUUCUCGCAGUGCAAUAAACUCGGGCUGUGUUUUCCGUGGGUAUUUCUGUACACGCGUGCAAUGAGAGGAGGAGGGCGGUGGGGGAGAGCUCAGUGCU